AUGGCAGUGGGUAUGCGUGCGACUGCAGCGCCUGCCGCAAUCAUAUGCGUGGCGCUUCUAUGCUCGUACAAGACUGGCAUGGCGGCUUUCGGCGGGCUGCCGAGUGCUGGCCUCUUUGGCACGGCUGUUGCCACUAUGGGCAUGCUUUCCACUGUCGUUUUCGUGCUUGCCAUGGAUGUUUUCGGUCCAAUCACAGACAAUGCUGGUGGCAUUGUGGAGAUGAGCGAGCAACCUGAUAGCGUUCGCAACAUCACCGACAGCCUGGAUGCUGUCGGCAACACCACUAAGGCUAUCACGAAGGGUUUUUCAGUGGGUUCCGCAAGCCUGGCUUGCUUUUUGCUGUUCUCUGCCUUCCUCGAUGAGGUUGGAGAAAUCGCGGGUCAGAAAGUUGAUUCUGUGAACAUCGCCGAGCCAGAGGUCUUUCUCGGGGGCAUGGCGGGUGCCACCUUGGUGUUCUACUUCAGUGGCCAGUGCAUGACGGCAGUGGGCUCUGCAGCCCAAGAAGUCGUCAACAACGUGCGGCUGCAGUUUAAAGAGCGGCCUGGCAUUAUGGAUGGCUCGCAGAAACCUGACUAUGCCUCGUGCGUCAGCAUUGUGACACAGGCGGCGCUCCGAGAAAUGGUUGCCCCAGGCGUGGUUGCGACCACCGUACCUCUUUGCGUUGGUUUCUUUUUCCGGAUGACUUCCAGCGGCGCGGACAAGCUGAUCGGAGCCAAGGCGGUCGCAAGCUUCUUGAUGUUUGCCACGGCUUCGGGCGUUCUUUUCGCGAUAUUCCUGAACACAGCAGGAGGCGCAUGGGACAACGCCAAGAAGUACAUCGAGCAGGGAGUGCACGGUGGGAAGGGCAGCGCAGCUCACAAGGCAGCGGUGACUGGUGACACAGUCGGCGAUCCAAGCAAGGAUACAGCUGGACCAUCUUUGCAUGUGCUUAUCAAGCUUCUCUCAACCAUUACCUUAGUAUGCUCACCGCUCUUCGUGGCCUCUUGA